AAAGACCAACGCCAUAGACACCAGUCCGGUGCCGGACUCAUGGUUGCGGCCACAUGGACAUGCAGGACUUCCUGCUCACCAUUGGCCCCGGCGGCCCAGCCAUGCACCGCUUGGUGGAGUCGGAGCUGAAAGAUCUGGGCGCGCAGGUGACGCGCUGCGGCCAGGCGCGGUUCUUCUUCUCAGCGAAUGCGAGGCCUGAGCAGUUCUUUGCGCUCCGUUCCCCGGAGAAGCUUUACCUGCUGGUCCUCCGGCAGAAGGCUGAAGAGCUGCAGUGGCCCGCGGGCCAAGAGGAGGCGCAGGAGCACCUGGCGCGGCUGGUGGCAGAAGCGGACUGGGCGCGCGCCCUUGCCGCCUUCCGGAGCUUCGGCCAGGAGGCCCCUAGCAGCUUCCGCGUGUCUGGGAAGCGCGCGGGCCGGCGGGCGGCGCAUUUAAGUUCCAAUGGCAUCGCGGAGUUCGUCGGCGAGGCCGUGGCAGAAGCCAUGGGCUGGCGAGUGGACUUGCAUGACUACGACGUUGAGGUCGUGGUCCACUUGAAUGACGAUCACCUCAUUGUGGGGCUGCCUUUGCUGGAGCGCGCUGCCCAGCAGGCGCAGUUCGCGCUGCCGGGGCUCUCGCAGCCGGUGGCGUGGGCCAUGGCCAGGACCAUUGAGCCAGCCUUGGGGGAGUUGGUGGUGGACCCGAUGUGUGGGUCCGGCAUUGUGCUCUUGGAGGCGGCGCAAUGCUGGCGCGGGGCCUUCUACUUGGGCUUCGAGGAAGACCCCCGCCAGCUGGAGCGUUGCCGGCAAAACCGCUCGCUGGUGUCCCCAGAUGCGGCUGCCAGCGUCGGCUUCGCGCGCGGCGAUGCCCGGCGCCUGCCGCUUCCCAACUCCUCCGUGGCAGCCGUGGUCUGCGACCUGCCCUUCGGGAAGCAGUACGGCAGCGAGGAGGACAACCUGCUGCUCUACCCGGCAGCUCUGAGAGAGUUCCGACGCGUGCUGCGCAGUGACGGGCGGGUGGUCCUGCUCACCAACCAGGCCAACGCUGCGACGCUGCUAGAGGCGCUGGAGGGCUGGCAAGUGGACUGUCGUCGGAAGGUGCUCCUUGGGCACAUGGAGGCCUUGCUGUUCUUGGCGCGACCUUCGGGCUCAGGCGCCAUCGCGGAGGCGCACGACUCCAUGCGCCUGCCCUGGGAAGAUGCCUCUGGCCGGCGCCAGUGGUCUGCCAUGAAGGCAUCCCUGCGGCAGCCCAUGCGGCUGGUGAACGGCAAGAAGUGCCGGCGUGAGAAAUGCGCGGCUGGCCCGGGCUGCGCCCUCUUGGCAUAG